AUGGCAGCUACACUACCACCACCGCCAGCGCUCAGCGGCCCACAACAUCCACGACAAGAGUUCAUUGUGCCAUGUCAAGCUGUCUGGCCACAUGCACAACCAAAUCCCACACAAAUACAACAACGCCCACCGCCACAGCCAGCCUUCAACCCUGCACACUGUCACCCUGUCUUCUUCAGCGAUAAGCUCCGGCGUCCGCCAUUUGCCCUAGGGUCAGGGCCACAGUUGAACCCAGUCGCGCAUGGAUAUGUAUACCAGGAUGGGACAAGGCCAAACGGCAAAACUAGUGGAUCGAGGUUAUGA